CGUUGGUGAGCAUCACUGUGUCGUCCCCUGAAAUGCCGACAGAUGGCGCAACUGUACAGGUGAUUGAAGGGGAACCCGUGACCAUCAGCUGUAACGUAGAAAGCAAUCCACCGUCGACUAUCACAUGGGAAGUUCCGAGAAGCGUACCAUUGCCGCUUGAACCUGAAUUCCACAUCAGCGCCAUCAGAAGAAACCAACGUGGGACCUUCUCCUGUACUGCUGCUAACUCCAUCGCAACUACAACUAAAAUGGUGAUAGUGGACGUUUUUUAUCCACCUAGAAUCCUGACCAAUGUUAAACACAAACAAGUGACAGUUGGAGCUAAGCUGACACUUACCUGCGCUGCCGAAGGGAAUCCAGUUCCGAAGGUUACUUGGUUAAACAGUAGUAACACUAACAGUGCUAUUCUGGCCAACCCACUGGUUAUACCUGCCGUGAGCUACUCCAUGACCGGUAAAUACGUCUGUAUCGCCAAUUCUUCUCGAUUUGGUCGGGACGAAAAGGAAGUCUUCAUCGAAGUUACAGGUAAACCAGUGAUCAUGCCCAGUAGUGACGUAGUGUAUGCAGAAGUUGGAUCUGCAGUAGAACUGAGGUGUGAAGUAGGAGCAGUUCCUCCCGUCAACGAGUCGUUCUGGUCAUGGACGGAAUCGGAUGGAAACAGAACCGCUCUAUGGAGCAACGGCACAAAACACAGGUUUUCAGCGUAUCAGUUGCUCUCAGCAAGAGGAGUCACCAUGGUACUUGCCAUAGACAACGUCAUGCCUGACGACUUCACACAUUACACAUGUACAGCCAUCAACCGAUUCGGACAGGAUAGUAGGGUACUGAUGCUGAAACCGUCGAUGGGUCAGGAAGACAGAGGAAAAUGACCAGUUCGAGAUAGAAGAUACCAUACUGCAACCACUGAAUGGAACUUCUAAUGGGCAUGCUGUAAGAUUCCAAAGUAUGGAUGUGACCGAUUCGACCAUCCACCUGCAAACCCCAGUCGACAACGCGAGAUCGGA